AUGGGUCCGGAGAGCUAUGACGAUAGCGAUGCUCUGAACGAUAGCGUGUACAACCCACUCGAAGCACUCAACGCAUGCAUCACAUGCGGAGUACAUUGCCAUCGGAUAUGCGCUGGACCACCAUGGUCCACCUACACCCCUGAGGAUGAAGGCGACGAGGAAAAAUGGCAAUGCGAGGACUGCAGGUGA